CCUUUCUCCUCUUCUUUCCCCGAAUUCCCUCUGUCUUUUCUUCUCUCUGUUUCGGUUCUUCCAAUUCCAAUUUCAUCCAAACAAAACGCUUUGAUACUAAAUUUUGUUGAUUAACUUCUCUUUAGCUUUCUCUUUCUUCUAAAAUCUUCUUAUGACUCUUUGAUGUUUUUCUCGUUUUUAUUUCUUUUUCUUGUUGUCAAUGGCGGAAAUCGGACGGAGAUUUUGUAUCGGCUAUGCACUUUUGCCGAAGAAGCGGCGGAGUUUCAUACGAGAGUCCUUGCUCAGGCUUGCUGAAUCAAAAGGUAUCGAUUUUGUGAGGAUCGAUAUGGACAAGCCGCUUGUUGAUCAAGGAGCCUUUGAUUGUGUUCUCCACAAGCUCUAUAGUGCGGAUUGGAGGAAGCAACUCGAGAAUUUUAGGGUUCUUAACCCUAAUGUGGUGAUUUUGGACUCACUCGACGCCAUUGAGAGGCUUCACAACCGGAUUUCUAUGCUUCAGGUGGUGUCCGAGCUGAAGAUUGAGAAUCACGAUGAAUCGUUCGGGAUUCCGGAGCAGAUUGUGAUUUACGAUAUGGAGAACCUUUCUGAUCGGCGUGCUUGGGAGACGUUGAAGUUUCCGGUCGUUGCAAAGCCCUUGGUGGCUGAUGGAAGUGCUAAAUCGCAUAAAAUGGCGCUUGUGUUUAAUCACGACGGUUUGAACAAGCUUAAACCUCCUAUUGUAUUGCAAGAGUUUGUCAACCACGGUGGAGUUAUUUUCAAGGUUUAUGUAGCUGGAAAUCAUGUGAAAUGCGUCAAGAGAAAGUCACUUCCGGACAUUUCUGAGGAGAAAUUAGAAAGUGUCGAGGAUUUGCAAUCGUUUUCUCAGGUAUCGAAUCUGACGAACCAUGACAGAGUUGAUGAAAAGUAUUAUCAAAUGAUGCAGUUAGACGACACUGAGAUGCCGCCGUUGAGCUUCGUCACCGAUAUAGCCAAAGGAUUGAGACAUGCGUUGAAGCUUAACCUCUUCAAUUUCGAUAUGAUGAGGGAUUCAAGAAACAAGAACCGUUAUCUCAUAGUUGAUAUCAAUUACUUUCCUGGGUUUGCGAAGAUGCCAGGAUAUGAGAAGAUUGUAACGGAUUUCCUAUCUGAUAUAAUGAGGAGGAAAGACAGAGAGCUCGUAAAAGCUUGGUUUGAACAUGAUGCUUCAGACCCCAUUGCCUUCGAUAAAAGGCAAGUGCAUAAUUGUGAAAAUGAUUCUAGAAAUGUUGUGAUGCUUACUUGCAUCGGUAAUGGGGAUGGUGGAGGUUGAACAAUACUUGCAAUUAGUAUUUCCAUUUAUUUUUCAUUGACUUAGAUUCUAAUCCAAUUGAUUUUGCUAAAAGAAGGAUGUUCUUCUUUUAUUCAAGAUCAGAAAUUAGUUAAUAGUUUCUAGUUCAUAAUAUGGUGAAGAACAAAUAAGGCGGUUCCUCUGUUUGUUUUACCUCAAAUUUACGAGAGAAAAAAAUCGCAUGACAUUGAUUGUUGAUACUUUCUUCAUUCUAUCAGUUGCUUCUCUGAGAUACUGAAGUACUCUGCUAAAGUUCAAUAAAGUUAGAUUUUAAGUUCUUUCCCAUCUUGAAUAAUCUUUGUUGACUUUUCUCGGAAAACUUUGGUAAAAAUCUAAGCCAAAGUUUAUUGCUUUUUUACCUACUUUCUACCAUUCCAUUAAAAAAACCAAAUCAGAGCUUGUAAAAUAGGCUUGGAAUUCAAUUUUUUACCUUAGGAAGAUGCAAUUUAUAGGAAGAAAUUGAGAGGAGAUAAGCUUGAAAAUAUGAAAAACAAUGGAGACAAAUUUUAAACUUCUAGUGAGUUGACUGUCAGAAUUUUCUUGCAUGACAUGUGCCAUUGUUGGCUAAUAUAUACAUGUGUAAUUUUUCUCAAGCUCUUUUUGAGUUGAUUUUGGUUUAUCAUCAAAUAAAAUUGCCAAUAAAAGAAUUAAAUACAAAAGCUUUCAUGGUUCAUUAAUACUGUUAGACCCAUUAAGAUAAUGAACAAAGAUAGGAGAGAAAGACUUAAGUCUCUGUAACUGGUGGGGUUAAUUAUUAUGUUAUGUUGCAUCAUGUUAGUGUAACUAUAUAUAGUUCCUUUGAUCAUAAUGAAUACUUCCAAUAAACGUGGCAUGGCAAUCUUUGACAUUUGGUCCUUGUAUUGGCCCAUGCUCUUUAAGUAUUAUUGUCGUAUUACCUCCAAGUUCUGUGGUGUAGAAUAUCAUCGAGUAAAAGAUCUAGUGUCAUACCUUAAAUGAUGUUCUGUCGUUUGUUGAUGCAAAAACUAGUGUGAUGUUAGGUUGUACCAAAAAACUUGGCGAGCUUUUUAGAUUAUUUUAGAAGUAUGCAAAAACUUGGAAACACUGGUGUGCAUGAUGUUAUUGUUCAACUGACAAUCCCGUGUUAGUAUUAUUUGUUGCUUUCUUCUAACAGCUAUGCUGAUAGAGAAAUUUUGCACUGUUAAUGGAUUGUACAUUGCAAUUAAUUUUCUUGCCCCUCUAGGGGACCGUUAAUCGAGGAUACCGUUCGUUGUGUCGCCGGAUAAUUAUUUGAUAUGCCAAAGUUCUAGGAGGUAAUUUUAACGAGAUGGUUUAGCAGAUGGAGAGUAUUGGGAUGUCUGUGCAGCUCCACAUAGGAGUAGUAUUCAUCAAUUUCUUGAUUCUUUCCGGGCAUUGAAGGAGGUGACAUCAGAACACAUGGUAAACAUGCAUCUAUAGCCAACGAUGGAGGUUUUGGACAAGAACCUGAUCUCUGUUGGACUAUUUUGGAGAAUCCAGUUUGGAAAUAUAUUCCCUUUUUGGUUCAUUGAAGUUUGAUAUUAAUAUUGUGGAUAUAUUCCUUCAAGUAUCUUGUAUGAACCUAUGCCAAGGAAGUGGGGGAAACUUGGCAGAAUAGAAUGAAUGGCAGACGGUAAAAAGAAGGUGGGUGGAUGAGUGAGUUUGUUGAGGAGAAUGGAACGGAUGGCGCACGACAAACUAGAGAGUCAAGGACAUUUGCAGUAUUGAUGGCAGUCUUUUAGUUUUGACCUCUAAAACGGUCAUUCUAUGGAACUUUCUUCUACUCAGUGAGGGCCAGAAUGAAAUGAAAGGUUGAUUCGCUUUGUAUUUGAUUUCAUUUCCAUUAUGUUUCAAAAUCUUUAUUUGAUUUAUCGAUGGAGAGAUAUUUUUAUAUUAA